GAGCGCGCGAACGCGAAGCGUGACGCGCCUUCGCUUCUUGCUUUCGCCCUUCCGUGAGAGAAACGGGACGAAACUUGCCAAAGCUGCCGGUUUAAAAAAGCUCGCUGUUAUUCUUCUCAACGAAGUAGAAACUCUUGGGCGACGGCAACAACAGUAGCCGCCGCCGGGGGGAAUAAAAAAAAAUAAUAAAAUACCGGCGACGAUUAGAAGCCACAAAAGCUGUUUGCAAGCAGUUCCGUCCCGUUGCUCCAAUCCUCUAGCCGGCUACUUGCCUUGCCCCUCAGCAGGUUGUGAACGGGCGGCGGCUUUUUUCUCCCCCCCCCACCUCAGAGAAAGUGGGGAAGGAGGGGAGGGAGCUGCUCGCGCGUCCCUCCCCACUCCCGCCUAGGGGGAGGGGAAAGGAGAUGAACCUCGCAUUGUUCCCCUAAGCAAGGCGACUCCUUUCUGGGCCAUGGGCUCCGCGCCUUUGUUCCCAGGCUGAGCCCUUCCCCGGCCGCCUCCUGCUUUCGGAUCCAAAGCAAACGCGGAGUUUUUCCUCUGGAGGCAAGAUGGAUGUGACCGUUUCCGAGCUCCUGGAACUCUUCCUGCAGAGCCCUUUGGUGACCUGGGUAAAAACAUUUGGACUACUAGAGAGUGAUAAUGAAGACAAACUUGCAGUGUAUAUGAAUCUAGCAGAUGGAGUCUUCCUGAAUAAAAUAAUGCUGCAAAUAGAUGCACAGCCAACCAACCAACGCUUCAAUGAGCAUGUCAACAAUGAUGUAAACCUACGGAUUCAAAACCUCACUAUUUUGGUCAGGAACAUCAAAACCUAUUACCAGGAAGUCCUCCAGCAACUGAUCAUAAUGAAUUUGCCAAAUGUUUUAACAAUUGGCAAAGAUCCUCUCUCUGGUAAAAGUAUGGAUGAAAUUAAGAAGCUGCUACUUUUGGUAUUGGGUUGUGCUGUACAGUGUGAAAGAAAAGAAGAAUUCAUUGAAAGAAUAAAGCAGCUAGAUAUUGAAACUCAAGCCGCAAUUGUUUCACAUAUCCAGGAGGUAACCCAUAAUCAAGAGAAUGUAUUUGACUUGCAGUGGUUAGAGUUACCAGCUAUGGCUCCAGAAGAACUAGAGUCUCUUUCCAGAAAUAUGGUUUUUCACCUUAAGAGGCUGAUUGAUGAGAGAGAUGAGUGCACUGAGUUGAUUGUAGAUCUCACUCAAGACAGAGAUUACCUGCAGUCCCAACAGCCGUUGAGUCCUCUAAAAACAUCAAGUCCAGCUUCUUCCCCAAAUCUUGCCAGCCGUCUCUCCAAUGAGGAUAAGCAGCAUUUGUCCGUGGAGCUUGCAGAUGUAAAAGCCAAACUAAGGAGGAUCAGGCAGGAGCUGGAAGAAAAAUCAGAGCAGCUUGUUGACACCAGACAUGAAGUAGAUCAGCUAGUCCUGGAACUACAGAAAAUAAAGCAGGAGAAUAUUAACCUCAUGGCAGAUGCCCGCUCUGCUCGAGCCUACAGGGAUGAGUUAGAUUCCUUAAGGGAGAAAGCAAACAGAGUGGAGAGGCUUGAGAUGGAGCUGGUCCGAUGUAAAGAAAAGCUUCACGACGUGGAUUUCUACAAAGCACGGAUGGAGGAGCUUAGAGAAGACAACAUCGUAUUAAUUGAAACAAAGACAAUGUUGGAAGAGCAAUUGAUGAUAGCAAGAGCUCGUGGUGAUAAAUUACAUGAGAUUGAAAAAGAAAAUUUGCAAUUGAAAUCCAAACUUCAUGACAUAGAACUGGACAGGGAUACUGACAAAAAGAGAAUUGAAGAGCUUUUGGAAGAAAAUAUGGUGCUAGAAAUUGCACAGAAACAAAGUAUGAAUGAGUCAGUCCACCUCGGCAAGGAACUGGAACAACUGUCAAAGAAUACAGAUCUCUCGGAUACAAGGAAAUCUUUUGUCUUUGAGUUGAAUGAAUGCGCAUCAAGUCGUAUCUUGAAACUUGAGAAGGAUAACCAGAGCCUGCAAAAUAUCAUCCAGGAGCUAAGAGAUGCAUCUGUAGUCACUGAAGAGAAUAACCUCAAAUUUGUAGAACUACAAAAUGAGAAUCAACAGCUUGGCCAAAAGAUUGAGAAGCUGCAAAAUCAGAUAGAAAAGGAGAAACAAAGUAACCAAGACUUGGAGGCUUUAAGUGAAGAACUCUUGAAAGAAAAGCAAGAUCUUAAGGACACAAUGGAGGCUUUAAAAGCUGAUCAAGAAAGACAGAUACAAGACCUAGAAAAAGAAACUGACCACCUGAAUCAAGUGGUUUUUUCUCUAAGACAGAGAUCCCAAGUCAGUUCAGAGGCCAAAGUGAAAAACAUUGAAAUGGAAAACAAAAUACUUCACGAGGCAGUUAGUGAGAGCAACAGCAAGCUCAGUAAGCUUGAAUUUGAGAAAAAGCAGUUGCAAAAAGAUUUUGAGCAAGUUAAAGAAAAAGUAGAAAGAGUAGAAGAAAUGGAUAAAGAGCUUCAUCGGCUAGAAAGGGAGAAUGACCAGCUUGCCAAAAAAGUUGCAGCCAUGAAAAUUACCACUGAGAAAGUAGAAGUACUUGAACAAGAAAACAAGGAUCUGGAAGUAGAAAACAGAACGCUGAAAAAGUCUCUAGAUACUUUGCACAAUGUUUCCAUCCAGCUGGAAAAUUUAGAAAAGAAUAAUAAACAGCUAGAUGACAAAAACCAGGAGCUCAGGCAAAUUGUAGAAACUAUGAAAUUCACCAGUACAAAAUUAGCCCAGAUAGAGGCAGAAAACGAAGAGCUAGAAAAGGAAAAGGAAGAACUUCAAAAAAACAUAAUCAUGCUGAAAGUUCUGCUCAAGAAAUCAGAAAGGUUGGAGCUGAGUUACCAGAGUAUGAAUGCUGAGAAUCAAAAGCUGCAGCAAAUUCUAGAAAGUAGCAGUAAAAAAGUUCAACAGCUGGAAAAAGAACUCCAGGGUGUUGAAGAUGACAAUCAAAGUCUUCAGAGAAAAUUGGAGGAACAGAAGAUCUCAAGUAAGCAGGUGGAAUGGUUGGAAAAAGAGAAGAAAUUGUUGGAGCAAGAAGUGUUUCAAUUGGAUAAAGACAAAAAGAUGCUGGAAAAAGAGACAAAGAGACUAUGGCAGCAAGUAGAGCUAAAAGAUGCUAACUUGGAUGAGAAUACUAUAAAAUUGACAACAAUUGAAAAGGAAUAUAAGAUUUUAGAAAGAGAACUUGCUAGAGUCAGUGAUUCAUCAAGUAAGAUGAAGGAAUUUGAAAAAAACAAUAAAGAUCUACAGAAGCAAGUUACUAUUGAUAAGAGAACUCUGGCUACAUUAAGAGAGGAUUUAGUCCUUGAGAAGUUGAAAAGCCAGAGGUUAUCUAGUGAGAUGGAUAAAUUGGACCAGGAACUAAACAAGAUGGGAUUAAAUAAGGAGCUGCUUCUGCAGGAUGAUAAUGGCAACAGUGAUAAGAAAUAUAAAAUCUUGGAAAGCCAAACUGAAUGUAUUCUAAAGACAACACUAGCUAGUAAAGAAGAGAAAAUUGUUGCAUUGGAGGCCAAACUACAAGAGUUUGUUAACUUAAACCAACAGUUACAGAACGAACUAAACAUGAUGAGGAAGGAUUUUGCAUGUCUUAAGCAGAAGCAAGAAGAGGGAACUUUUAUGCAGAAACUGAAUCAACCGUUGGAAAACUGUCAGAAGGAAGCAACGAUGGAGCUUCUCAAAGUGAAGGACAGAGCUAUAGAUCUAGAAAGGAAUAAUGCAGCCCUGCAAACAGGGAUAGAGCUGCAUAAGGAGCAACUAGCACGUUUGGAAAUGCAGAAUGGCUCCCUCAACAGCCAGAUCCUGACACUACAAAAGCAAAAUGCUUUCCUUCAAGAGCAUAACACUGCAAUGCAAACACAAACAGCUAAACUGCAGGUGGAGAAUUCAACCAUAAAUUCCCAGAGCACAUCCUUGAUGACUCAGAAUACCUUACUCCAGAAUCAGCAGCUGGCCAAGGAGCAUGAAUACGACAACCUGCUGAAGCAGAAAGAGCAGCUCAAAGCAGAAUAUGAGUCCCUUCUUCAGGAUCAUGAACAUCUCGUGUUGCUGCACGAACGGCAGUCUACAGAAUAUGAAACACUAAUCAAACAGCACAGCAACCUAAAAACCUUGCACAAAAAUCUUGACUUGGAGCACAAAGAUCUAGGGGAAAGAUACUGCAGUUUAAUUCAACACAAAACCGAACUGGAAGAAAUGGAGAUGAUUUUAAAGACAGAAAAGGAUGCUUUACAACAGGAGAAGAGAACAAGCACAAUAAUGACUGCAGAGAACCAGAAGCUUAGAGAAGAACUAGAAAGGAUGAAUAUCUCACACACCAAACUUAAAGCUGAGUACGAAGGGCUUCAUAGUCACACUAAGGAGCUGAAAACAUCCUUGAAUAAUUCUCAGCUAGAGCUGAACCGUUGGCAAGCUCGUUAUGAUGAACUGAAGGAGCAGCACCAGACUAUGGAUAUCACCUUAACUAAACUGGACAACCACUGUGAGCUGCUUGCUCGACUAAAAGGAAACUUGGAAGAAGAGAAUCAUCACCUUCUCAGUCAAAUCCAACUAUUAAGUCAUCAGAAUCAAAUGUUACUGGAGCAGAACAUGGAGAAUAAAGAACAAUACCACGAGGAACAAAAGCAAUAUAUUGAUAAAUUAAAUGCCUUAAGGAGACACAAAGAAAAAUUGGAAGAGAAAAUAAUGGAUCAAUACAGGUUUUAUGAUCCAACUCCAAAAAAGAAAAACCACUGGAUAGGAGCUAAAGCCUUGGCUAAAUUCAUGAAGCCAAAGAAAGAGCCAACAAGAGAACGAGUGAAAUCUUCAGCAGAUAGUUCUCCAUCUCAGUUAGAAAGCAUGGAGACAGCAGGUUCACAAUCUCCAUCACAGCUACCCAAGCAACAGAAGAGUCUGGAAACUACCUCCAAAGAGUUCAGCUUCGUGGAGGACAAAGAGCAUAAGGCAGGACCCAUGGUCAAAGGGGAUUCAAAUCUGAAGAGAGUUUCACAUUGUGGAGGCAGCAAUGACCACAUUGAAAAUACAAGAGAUCCUGCUAUUAAACAGUGCUAUACGGACUCAGGUUCCAGGACUUUCUCUGCUCCAAUCUCUAGACAACCGAACAGACCAAAAGGCCAUAAUUCAGAUGAUGACCUGUAUGCUAAUUCCUCUGCAGCACAACUUUCCAACAAGCAACACAUGUCUGGGUCAGAUAGCUUAGAGAACAGUGAAAAUACAUCCAGUAACAGCUCCCCUUUAAGCCUGAAAGGAUCUUAUGACUAUAUUCGUGACAGAUCAGAAAGCUUUAGCAGUGAAGAUAUGGUGCUAAUGAAAAAUAUGCUUGGCACAUCUAGAGAUGGUCUGUUUUGUUCCACCUCUUCUGCAGUUGUGGGCUCAAACACUAAACAGAGUUCCUCAUUUAAUAAGAAUGGUGCAUUGUUACAUGAUACAUCUCAAAAAGGCAAUCAUGUACAGAAGCAAUCUGUUAAGCACCAAUCUGCCUCGCCGGGUAAUGAGAUGGUAACCUUAGAAGAAUUCCUGGAAGAAAGCAACAGAUUAUCUCCAAUGAAAGAUGUAUCCAGUAAAGAUGACUUGCUGAGUGACUAUUUCAGAAAAGCCAGUGAGCUUCCAUGCCCUGGAGGUCAGUUUCCACAGUCACACAGGAAGGAGCCAAGCAAGACACCUACCAGUUAUGUCAGUCCAACUAUAAAGUUGCCUGGCGCUGCUGAAGAUGGAAGACCAGCUAAACCAGGCCACUACCUGAAACCAAAUCCUGGACCAUCAGAAUCAGAACCUGUGGCAAACUCCAAUAAGCUUACCCAUGGACCUCGAAAUCAAGCCAGUCGAGCAUCAAAGCCAUUGGCAUCCUCUCAACAGAAUAACAACAUGGGCAGGCAGAGCGCUUCAUUGAACCGGGCCUAUAGCUUGGCUUCAGCAGAUCUUCUGAGAGCCACUAGCGCUGAUGUGUACAGACGAUAUGACAGUCUUCCAAAGCCUGUGGCUGCAGAUAGGCAGAUAGGCAAGGACUCAGACAGCCAGACUUCCCAGCUGCCUUUAGCGUCUAUUUCUCAGAGCUUUCUGAGAGAAAGAUCACAGCCUACAAAAAUAAUGGGUUCUUUGCAAAGUGUGGAUUCUCGCUGUCGACAACUUGAUGUCAGGCGCCUUUCUCUUGCCCCUCCGAAAGAUGAGAGAUCACUCUUGUUCCCUCCAUUUUCUUUUUCUUCCACCACUUCUAAGGAUGAUCUUUCCUCUCAGCCACAGGAACUGGCAAAAGUAGAUUUAGAGCAACACUGUUCUCCACAAUAUGGAUCUAAAACCAAAUCAAAGUCAUUGUUGCAAAGUGGGGAGAUCUCCACUGGGACUCCUGUCAGAAUUGUUCCUAACAGUACAGAAGGGAACAAUCUUCAGGGAGCUGGUUCAAUUGACAUUCACAUUGCCAAAUGCCCAAAUCCAUCACCAGAAAAUAAAAUUUUGGCAGAGGGCAUUGAGGAAACAAACAAAGGGCUUGGUUCCAAGAACCCUCCUUCGUCAACCGAGCCCCCUGUUGAUCAGCAAACGGUUUGGUAUGAAUAUGGCUGUGUGUGACUCCACGCUUCUACUUUGCCGAGGAUUGUAUAAGAUAUGUUUCACUACUGAAAAUUGAGUGACAUCGGGUGACGCUGGGAGAUUUGCUAAACACUGUUGUCUUAAUUAUCUUCUGGAUGCUUUAUACCUCAGUAGAAACAGGUAUACUUGAGGUUUAAAACUGUAACAGUUCUGAUGUCUAGAAGACAGAAUGAUUCAACCAUCUCCUCUUCUUUCUCUUCUUCGAUUCCAGGAUCGUAUUCCCAUAGUCUGGGGUGCUUACUAUUUGGUUCUCUUGUGCCUUUUGCAGGCCUUUUUCUUUUACUUUUUGGGAAAUUGUAUCUGUGUGCUUGUCUACUGAGCUCAAAUCUUAUUCACUUUACACACAAUUGCUUGUUCUUUUUAAAUGCUAUCUUUUUACGAUUCUAAAAUAUUAUUUUGGCUGUUAAAAGCAGCAUAAUGCAAGUGUGUCGUCUUUGCACUGGUUACCUUAUUACCAAUUAGAGACUUCUUAAAAUAUCCUGGCUUCUUUGCUGCACUUAACACUAGUGCAGUACAGAUGCUGCCGUUUUAUAUGUCUGUGAUAUUUUUAUUGAAAACACUGGAAGUAAUGCACCCUUAUUGAGGGGCAUAGUCUCCUUUAAAUGACAACUUUCUUUGCACUGGGCCGAUCUGUUUACCAUUCCAUGCAUUCAAUCACUUAAUGGCCCCAUUGGUUGCCUAGAGAACCUGUGUAGCCAGUCUGCCCUCCUAAUGUGUACAGUUCUUUUGUCUAAAUGAUAUAUAGGAGAUCUUUUAAAAUGAUGUCAAUGGAUAUUGGAAUGUUGAAGCUUACAAGCUAUCUCAAUAAACAAUUGCAAGUUCAGGCUCUGGUUCUAAUUUGGUCAGCAUGAUCUGUGUAGAAACCAGAUUCCAUUUAUAUACAUAUUUUUAUGAAAUCAUAUUUAUAUCCAGAUGAAAUAUUUUAUUGUAUGAAUUUCAUUGGCUCCUUGUGCAGAUCUCCUGUUUAAUUGUUUGCUUAUAAAGAGAUUCUUUCUAACAGAUUGACAUAAUCAUAAAACUUCUCUGGAUGUCAUAGAAAAAACUGUAACAGAUCUCACACACAACCAGUGAUUAGAGUGUGUCAUAGUUUAUAGCAGUCACAUUGUGAGAAGAGCAGGUAUGUAAUAAAGACUUUUUAAAAUACAAA